AUGGAGCAAGUCGAGCAAACCGAUGCCAAGCAACAGGAUCACGGUCACACGGACCUUCCCGAAUCCAUUGCUUCAACGGAGACCAGCUUCGGCCCGUUUGUCAUACCCGAGGGCCAACAAGGGUCCGAAAAAGGAAGCUCCACCGGCACAUCCUUUUCUCUGGGAUAUAACACCCCCUUCCUUCCACCAGGUGCUAUCGAAUCCGCCUUGUACAUGCUGAAUCUUGAGAUUCAGGCCCACGCGCACACGGAGGAGACUCUGCGACAGGUUAUGAUGAAAGCAUCAAGCUUAGAACGGCACUAUGUGCAUCAGUCUAUUGCGCUUUCGGCAUGGCAAGCGUCAUACCAGGAAUGCUGCGCCAACGCCCAGCGCCAGGCUGAAGAGAUCGAAGAGCUCAAGGGCAAAAUUGAGCGGCUGAAGAAUGAAUAUCAGCAACCGCAUGAAGAGGCGUUCUCAUGGCGUGAACCCCCUCGCCCUGCCUCGGCGUAA